AUAAACUAGAUGCACCACAAAUGUUUUGUGCAACUGAUUGUCACACGCCAGUCCUUGGUAUUUCUCUUUGUCAUUGUUAGUGUGGGCCUAGGUUGUUAAUAUGGAUUUGUCGGGCAAAGUGGCAGUUGUUAGUGGAUCGACUACAGGAAUAGGAUUGGGCAUCUCACAUCAUCUAGCAUCUAAAGGUUGUUCUGUUGUUAUUACUGGACUUGGUUCACAAGAUUUAAUCGAUUCUGUUUUAAAAGAUUUCAGGGGUAAAUACAGAGGUAGAUAUGAAUAUGUAGAAGGUGAUUUAAGAAAAGAAGACUGUGUUAUAAGUCUCUGUGAUAAGGUUCUUCAACUAUUUCCUGGUGGUGUUGAUAUUCUCAUCAAUAACGCUGGUAUUAUCCAUAUCAGUGACGUGGAAGAUUAUCCAGUACAGAAAUGGAAUGACAUGGUUGCAAUUUCAUUAACUGCACCCUUCAUAUUUAUGCGACAGUUUAUACCAAAGAUGAAAACCAAAGGUUGGGGGCGCAUAAUCAGUAUGUCCUCACAGAUGGGUCACGUGAGUGCACCAGGUCAAGCGACGUAUUCAGCUGUUAAAUCUGGUCUCAUUGGUCUUACUAAGGGUGUAGCCCUAGAGUUAGCAGCACAUGGUGUAACUGUAAAUGCUAUCUGCCCGGGUUUCGCUGAUGCGCCCAUGUUCCAUCGAUUUGUAAAAGUUGCAGCAGGGGAACAGAAAACAAGUUAUGAAGAUGCCAAGGUCCAAUAUUCAUCCCAGAUUCCAACAAAUCAGUUAGUAACUAUAGAUCAGAUAAGUGAGAUGGUGUUAUAUCUGUGUUCACCAGGAGCCUGCAACGUCACUGGUACAGCUUUAUUGAUAGAUGGUGGUUAUACAGCCAGAUAAAGAACGUCAAACAUCCACCAAAUAACAUUUAGCUGUUCUAAUUUGAACAGCUGAAAAUGGAGUCAACCGUAUUAUAUCGUAAAAAUGAUACAACAUAGUAAAAAUAUUAACGAAUAUGUCAAAAUUUCCUCUAAUUCAUGGUAUAGAGAAUAUAAUGGUUAUGCAAAUAAAAAAAGUAACUUCUUGUCAGAAAGCUUAAUUAUAAACGUAUUGUCAGAAAUUGUGAUAAUAUAUCAAAGCUUUUAAAUGAUUAUUAAUUAGUGUCAUGAUAAAGAAUGACUUUCAAUAUAAUAAAUCAGUUUUAUGAUAAAA